AUGGAAACCCCAAGCUAUCCACUGAAAGCAAAAACCAAAGAUGAAGGGGAAAUAAUUGUAAGGGAUAUCAUUCUAACUAACCACGAAGAGACACAGGGUCAUUCUUCGGCGGUUGACCGUUUUUCAAUCGUUGACGACCAUGGCAGUCGAACGAGCCAAAACUCACCUGAGUCUUUGGAUUUAAUUUUUGAAGUUGAUGCCGAAGAGGAUUUUCCAGAUGGUGGUUGGGAUGCGUGGCUAGUUGUUAUAGGUGCUCUGUGUGGUUGCACGCCAAUACUAGGGCUAAUCAAUUCAAUUGGCCCCAUUGAAUCUUACAUCUCAACUCACCAGUUGGAAAAAACAUCCACUACAGUAAUUGCUUGGAUCUUUUCAAUCUUUACCGCUGUUGGAUACAUGUCUGGUAUACUGGUUGGUGUCUUGGUGGACGAGUUUGGGGUCAAACUACCAAUGCUAAUGGGUUCUAUUUUCCAUUUGAUGGGAUUGGUAGCUACUGCUGAGUGUAAGACAGUUUACCAGUUCAUUCUUGCUUUUAGUGUUUGCACUGGAAUGGGAACUUCACUUUGUUUAACCAGUAACAUGGCUGUUAUUCCACAUUGGUUCAAGAGGAACAAAGCUAAAGCAACCGGCAUUGCAACCAUCGGUGGCUCUCUAGGAGGAGUUGUUUUUCCUUUAAUGAUGAAAGGUCUCUACGACAAGGUUGGAUUUCAAUGGACAAUGAGAAUAGUGGGUCUGGUCUGUUUUGCUCUCAACAUGAUGGCAUUUUUCCUCAUUAAAACACGUCUUUCAGGGAAGACGGGAGUAUUCGAUAUUCCUGAAUUUGACGAGAAUGGCCAAAAGUUCAGUUUUGUUAGAAAAAGCUGGUUACGUUUUGAACAAUUCUCCGUGUAUGUCACCAAACUUAUUGAUUUCAAAGCAUUCAAAGAGGCUAAAUAUACCUGUUGUGUCAUAGCUUUUGCUCUCAGUGAGCUGAUGUUAGUGUGCUGUAUGACAUACUUGAUGUCUUACUUCAUUAAAAGAGGUCAUUCUUCUGCUACUGCUUUUAAUAUGAUUAUUAUAGUCAAUGCUACUGGUAUUCUGGGGCGAUUUGUUCCCGGAAUUGCGGCCGAUAGAUAUGGAGUCUACAAUGUCAUGAUUGGCAUGCUGGUUACACUGGGUAUUGUUCAGUUUGUGUUAUGGUUAUCACUGGGACAACAUCUCUGGUCAUUGUAUACUUUUUCGGUAUUAUUUGGUUUCUUCUCUGCUUCUGUGCUGAGCUUGAGUCCAGUAUGCCUGUCUGCCAUAUCUCCCACUAAAGAUUUUGCCAAAAGGUUCUCCACGGCUUUUUUGGUCGUUGGGUUUGUUUCAUUGAUGGGACUCCCUAUUGGUGGUGCUAUCAUUGAUAACGCUUCCAUCUCAAACUACAACAAUUUCAUUGUCUACACAGGAAUCCUAUGUGCUGCCUCCUCUGUCUUCUGGGCCCUAACUAGGUACGCCAUUAGGAGGACCUGGAAAAUCAAUAUAAAAGUGUAA